AUGGGGUCCCCUCAUUCCAUCUAUGCUCACUGGCCUUUCAGCAAGCGAAGGAAAGCAGAUGACACUGAGGAUUCUCUGGCCGAACGGGAGCAGCAGGAGGCCAUUGCUCAGUUCCCCUAUGUGGAGUUCACCGGGCGAGAUAGCAUUACCUGUCUCACGUGUCAGGGGACAGGCUACAUUCCAGAGCAAGUUAAUGAGUUGGUGGCUUUGAUCCCUCACAGCGAUCAGCGGUUGCGUCCUCAGAGAACUAAGCAGUAUGUCCUCCUGUCUAUCCUGCUCUGCCUCCUGGCGUCCGGUUUGGUGGUCUUCUUCCUGUUUCCACAUUCAGUCCUCGUGGAUGAUGAUGGCAUCAAAGUGGUAAAAGUCACAUUUAAUGAGCAGAGGUCCCUUGUCAUCCUCGCUAUCACGGCCACCCUGAAAAUUAGAAACUCCAACUUCUACUCCGUGGCAGUGACCAGCCUGUCCAGCGAGGUUCAGUACAUGAACACCGUGGUUGGAUCGUACAUGACAACUAACAUCUCCCACAUUCCACCUCGGAGCGAGCACCUGGUGAAUUUUACUGCAAAGGCUGAGAUGGGAGGACCAUAUUCCUAUGUGUACUUCUUCUGCACAUUACCCUAUAUCGGAGUGCACAACAUAGUGGUCUUCAUUCGAACUUCGGUGAAGAUUUCCUACAUUGGCCACAUGACCCAGAGCUCCUUGGAGACACAUCACUAUGUGGAUUGUGGAGUAAAUUCCACAACUGUUUAG